CGAUUUGACCUAGGGGGUCAUCUCAAUCAUCCAACUUAGCAACGGUCCACUCACACUAUUUUUUCAGUACAUAAUAAUUAAAAUUUAAUUUCUUCAAAAAUGAAAAUUUGUGUUGGAAACAAUUCAUUUGUCGUAACAUGUAUAGAAUGAUAAAGUGUCAAAUAAUAUUGCGUUUAUAUAGAGUUCAAAGGGACAAUAAAUAACUCAAUAAUCGACCACUUUCGUUUACAGAAAUUGCAAAUAUAUUUUGAACACAAGUUCUAGCAGGAUUACCCCAUCUCCAUCUCUCUCUCCACUAAAAUGAGUGCUCCAACAGAGAACCCAGAAAAAAAGGAUGUGAAUAAAAACCUAGUCUAUUCAUACACCAAAAUGCGUAAGGAAUUUGGACGACAAGAAAGAUGUCUUCAGGAUCAUUUUCGGAUCCAUGCAAAUGUGAAACCACUUCAAAAAUAUCGAAAGUUGGUUGUGAAGAAAACCGUGGUGGAUAGAGAUGUCCAGGCUGCUCCUGGAGUUUGUGUCAACGAGAUGAACACAAUUCGGGCAGAGUAUGCGGAAUUCAGCGGUUUACACGAGGAGGGUGGAUGGCCUAAGGAUAUCAACAUGAAUGAUCCAGAAAUGAUACAACGACACCGAAAAAAGCUGGAGAAAGAGGAUGCUUUCACAAUUGCUGUUCCCCUCAUGGCUGACGAAAUGGAAGAACUAAUCAAAAAUAACAACACCAUCAAUUUUUAUCGAAGUGCGUUCAGCUGCGACUCAAUAAUCGCUCCAGACCGAGAACUUGUCCCAACCGCGACUGUAGUAAACGUGUACAAAAACCCAGCAAAUCGUCCACGUAGAGUAAGUCGCAUCACCUUUGCGCCAGAGAACAUUGGUCGCAUGGCGGUGGCACAAUGUCCUUAUGAGUUUGACCCCUCUCUCCGCCAACACGCUGGGGAAGCUUUCUUCUGGGAAAUUGAGAAUCCGACUCGACCAGAAGGCAUGAUUCGGGCCGGAAGUCCCAUCACUGAUGUCCGAUACCACCCCAAAGAUUUGCAUACCAUUGUUGGAUCCUUGUUCACUGGUCAAGUUGCCACGUGGGAUGCCAGAGUAAGUCCAAACCCUCAACUGGUGUCCACCUACGAAACGAGUCACACUGAUGUGUGUACAACAGCAUUGUGGAUCAACAGCAAAACUGGCUGUGAAUUUUUCUCUAGUGGAUUGGAUGGUCAGGUCAUUUGGUGGGACGAAAGAAAUUUGUCCCAAACUCUGGACACGCUGUGGUGUGACCCUGAGAAAGGACAAGGGAGGCCCGAGUUCGCACACGGAGCCACCGUACUUGAGUACGAACACACCCUCCCCACAAAAUUCCUGGCGGGGACCGACAGAGGCAACGUCAUGGUGUUCAUGAAGAAGGGGAAGUCUCCCAGUGAGCGAAUGAUCCAUAUGUACAAGGCACACAAAGGGCCCGUCAUGGCAUGUCAUCGCAAUCCCAUGUUUAUCAAAAACUUUCUCACCGUGGGAGAAUAUCAUAUCCGGAUAUUUGCUGAGGACUGUAAAGAGUCCUCCAUCAUGUGGACCGUGCCAGCCGAGACGCGAUAUGCUGAUGCCAACUGGCUAAUAAAUCGCCCAUCAUGUUUUAUCGCCUGCAGAAAUGACGGGGUGUUGGAGUGGUGGGACUUGCUCAUUCGUGGAGGGAAUAAUAUUAUGCAAAUGAAGGUUUGUGAUGAAGCGCUGACCGCUGUUUGUGCUGCGGAUACUGGAAAACACAUUGCCGUUGGAUCAAUUCAUGGAGAUGUACGAUUCAUCCAAAUGUCUGAUUUAAUGUCAGAUUUUGACAAGGGCGAAAAGCCAAUGUUGGCAGCCGUAUUUGACCGAGAAUCCAGGCGUGAGAAGUACUUGGAACAGCGCAACCGAGAAAUUCGUCUCAAAAAGCGAGACUUGGAGAAGCAGGAGGCAAUCCAGAAGAAGUUGGAGGAGGACGAGGCUGCAGAGAGAAAGGCGCUCGGACUUCCAGACAUUGAAGGCAUGGAUCCCAUACAAGUCAAAGGGAUGAAGAUUCGCCAGGAAGUGGCCAGAAAUCCCAUCAUUCAGGCAGAACGGGAGUUCUUUAUCUCAAUUGAUGAGGAAAUCAGAACGAAAGGAAUUGACGCUUUCCCAGACAAGAAGGUUGCGAAGAAGAAAAAGUCAGAGGACGGAGAUGAGCAUCAAGAGGGUGGAGCCGUGAAUAUUACUGCUGCAGAUCUGGCAGCACUAGAUUUUCACGAAGAUGAGCAAGGUGCAGACGAAGGAAAACCGGAAGCACCUCCAGCAGCACCUGAGGCAACCCCAUCACAAACGGCAGCUGCUCCCCUUCCGCCCCAGUCAACCACCCCCAGCGAAUCUCAACUUGCACCACCGGAGCCACCAGAGGAGGAGGAGGAGGAGGAAGGAGAGGAAAGUCCGGCUGACGAAGAGGCUCAAAAUGAAGUAGACGAAGCUGACGACGAGGAAGAAGAGUAAACGUCGAAAUAAUUUAAAAUUAAAAUAUUUUAACCAAUAAUCUUUACUCUAAAGUAUGACCACGAAUUAUCAACAAAUGUAAGUUUAUAGCUUCCUUAUAUGUUUUUAUAAUCCAACCCCAGAACGAGUAAGCGUAAUGAGAAUCUCAAUAUAUAAAUUAUAUCACCGCAAUAA